UUGAGGAGUUGGUGAUUAGGAACAAGGCCCAUCCUUUCCUUCCGUGGCUGAUGCCACCAUUUUAUGCAACACACAUUGAGGAGGAGGUGAUGUUUAUUGAUGCCCGUGUCUCUCUCAGGCAGCUCACAGAGAGAAGCUAGUGGAAUGCUGAAGAAUUGUUUCAGAAGGAUUGCACCGUACUACACCAGAGAAUACAGGGAGGAUAGACACUGCAGAUAGAUCCUGACCAUCACCCAAGGAACAAGUGCACAAUUGUGGGAAGACAUCCAGUCCCUUCAUAGCAUUGCUCAACACGUAGGAGGUUGGGCAGUGAAACCAUCAUCUGGAAAUCGGUGGGGUCAGGGGAGCUUUGACAUAUCAUCAGAUCUGAAACUGGUCAGUGGUAUGAAAUCUUCCAUCAGAACCAACCUUUCUGAAGGUUCAGCUGUGGGAGAUCGGUCAGGGUGAGGCUGGGAAAAAAUGUGAGUAGCUCCAAGAGUGGUGAGAGCUUCAAUCAUUUAUUGAACCUCUUGAAUCACUGACUCAUUCUCACAGGUGAGAGGCUGUUGAAGUGUGAGGUGUGUGUGGAGGGCUCCACAGGUUGAUAAGUUCUCCCAAUACGCAUGGUGGAUCUGUUGUACCACCUGUAACACAAGGACAGCCACAUGGAAGAGAAAGUAUUCAAGUGUGAGAUUUGCGAACGAGCCUUCACAAGGUCAUCGACACUCGUGAAUCACCGACGUAUUCACACUGGGGAGAAGCCAUAUACGUGCAAGGUGUGUGACAAAUCAUUCUCGAUUUCAUCCAACCUCCAAGCGCAUGAGCGCAUUCACACAGGGAGGAAGCCGUUCAAGUGUGAUGUGUGUAACAAGGGCUUUGCACAGUCCUCGGCACUGGUGGUUCACGGGCGCAUCCACACAAGGGAACAACCAUUCACAUGUGAGGUGUGUGACAAAUCGUUUUCACAGUCAUGGAAUCUCCGUGUACACCAACACAUUCACACUGGGGAGAAGCCAUUUACGUGUGAUGUGUGCAACAAAUCAUUCUCUAUGUCAUCGUAUCUCCGUAUACACCAACGCAGUCACACUGGAGAGAAACCAUUUACGUGUGAUGUGUGCAACAAAGCCUUCUCCAAGUCAUGCAAGCUGCAUAGACACCGACGCGUUCACACAGGGGAGAAACCAUUCACGUGUGAGGUGUGUGACAAAUCAUUCUCAUCAUCAUCAACCCUCCGCACACACCAACGCAUUCACACAGGGGAGAAACCAUUCAAGUGUGAGGUUUGCGAUAAAGCUUUUGCAAUAUCUACAAGCCUCCUGAUACACCAGAGGAUUCACACAGGGGAGAAACCCUUUAGAUGUGAGAUUUGUGAGAAGGGUUUUACCCACUCCUCCAAACUCCUGAUGCAUCGGCGUAUUCACACUGGGGAGAAACCAUUCACGUGCGAUGUGUGUGACAAAUCAUUCUCACGGUCAUCGAACCUUUGUGUACACCAACGCAUUCAUACAAGGCAGAAACCAUUCAAGUGUGAGGUGUGUGAUAAAUCAUUCUCUCAGUCAGCAAACCUCUGCGCUCACCAACGCAUUCACACUGGGGAGAAACCAUUCACAUGCGAGGUUUGUAACAAAUCCUUCUCGGUGUCAUCGAGCCUCCGCGUACACCAACGUGUUCACACAGGGGAGAAACCAUUCACGUGCGAGACAUGUGACAAAUCAUUCUCACAAUCAUCGAUCCUCCGCACGCACCAACGCACCCAUACAGGUGAGAAACCAUUCACGUUUGAUGUGUGUGACAAAUCACUCUCGAGGUGACCAAAACUCCUGCUCCACCAAAGGAUCCACACAAGGGAGUAACUCUUAAAUGUGAGGUUUGUCAGAACACUUUUGUGACAUCUUUGAUCCUCCUGGGCCACCACAUGAUUCACACAGGAGAAACUCUUCAGGUGUGUUGUUUGUGACAAGGCUUUCACUCACUCCUCUGACCUCCUGAAGCACCAGUGUAUUCACACUGGUGAGAAACCAUUCAGGUGUGAGGUGUCAGCGUAUCUCCUGGUCAAUCAAUACACUCUCACAGGGGAGAAACCCUAUCGGUGUGAGUUCUGUAAUAAAGUCUUCACACAGUUGUUGGAUCUCCUGGAACAUCAGUGAUCCCACACGGGAGACAAAAUCAAUGUGACGUGCAACAGGAUUGUUUCACCUACUCCUCUCUCACCAUACACCAACACCUCCACAUGGACUUGGAGCCAGGUCAUCUGCUUCUGUUCCACUAAGACUUGUCUGUGUUGGUUACCCUCCAUAGUUCACAACAGGGGACUUGUUGUUCCAAAGCCCUGUCUGUCUCAGCAGUGUCUGUCUCAAACCUUCCCCACCAUCAGCCCAAAUUUUCAGAAAGGCAAACUUAACCUUUGACCAGAUCAUCAAACAUCACCAAAAGAAGACAACAAUAUGUAUAGAAUCUCCCGCUUGUGCACAGAUGCCACUGUGUCUCUGGGAGGAUUUCCUCACCACAGGAAGUAGGCGAUUCAGGAAAAUAUGUAUCAGGAUUUUCUCUGGUAUAGACAAGAGGGAAAUACCUCAAUAGUUUCCGCACUAUGAUUUAUCUCCCUUCUUGAAGAUAGUUACAAUUGUCACAUUCCUGAAUUUGGGCGGAGCUCUUUUUCACUCAAAUCCGUAGGGUGAGUUCAUGGAGUCUUUAUGUGAGCAGAAGUCCACCAGUUUUGAAGACCUCAGCUGGAAUACCAUUGGGGCCACCAGGCUUUAUUGUUUUUCAUGUGUUUGAUUGUUUGUUGAAGCUCUCCCAUCGAUGGCGAGUCACCCCUGGAUUCUACCACAGGCACUGGGGGAUAGACUGGAGGGUAUCAGUUGCCACCGUGGAUUCAUGGUUGAGGAGUUGUUCAAAAUCUUCUUUCCAGCAUUAACAACAGCAUUGUCAUCCUUAAGAAGAGAAACAAACACCAUCCUGUGAACAAAGGGGAUUUUGUCCAUUUGAGCUGUCUAUAGAUGGCUCUGAUGACAUCAAAAAAGCUUCGCAUGUUGGAGCUCUCGGGCUUUCUCUCCCCACAUGUCCUUUAUAUUCUGGGUUUGUCUUUGAGAACUAGCCUUGAGAUGUUGAAAUGCUGCCUUCUUGAGUUCUGACCUUGCAUUGUUCUGACAGGCAAUGAAGGUCAAUUGGUUUCAUUCCAGGAGGUCACAUAUUGGCACGUCAUGUUCAUCGAGCCAGUCCUGGUGACAAUGAUACUCGAACCCAAUGGUCUGGACACAGGAGUUUAGUACAGUGGACUUUAUUUGAUCCCACUGUUCAGGAUGUGAAGAUUUUCCAGAUUGGUCAUGAGCUGCACCUGGAAUUCCUCUCUUUGGUCAGGCUGUUUUAGGGCUGAGGUAUUGAUCUUCCUCUUCUUGGACUUUUGGACAUUGUGAUGUUGUGGUGCUGGAUGGAUGUCCAUCACCGAUCGAACAAGUCGAUGAUCUGUCCAGCAGACAUCAGUCCCCCAAUGGAUCAAGUGAUAUAGACAUCACUCAGAACUUUGACUUGGCUUUAGACCUUCCAGAGGAGACUCCGACAUGGUCUUUGUUGCCAGACAAAUCCAAAAAAUAAUGCUGUGAAUAGCACCAGGAACUCUUUAUUACAUUCAUUUAUGCAACCAAAGCAUUUAACUCAGUAAAUUGCAAGGCUCUGUGGAUUGUGUUCCAAUGAUUUGGAUGUCCAAGAUACUUCAUCACAAUCCUGCAAUUGCUUCAUGAUGAUAUGACUGCAACUGUCUUGAGUGGGAGAUCUGAAACUGAAGCCUUCAAAA